AUGGAGCAGGAGUUUGAAGAGAUUGACUCAUCCGGGAGAUGGCAUAACCUUUACAAUGAAAUUCGUAACCAAGCCAACGAAUAUCCUUAUAAAGUGGCCAAAUUUCCUGUGAAUCGAAAUUUGAACCGCUACAGAGAUGUGAGCCCAUAUGACCACAGUCGGGUGAAACUUGAAAAUUCAGAAAAUGAUUACAUCAAUGCAAGUUUGGUCACCAUGAAAGAAGCGCAAAGAUCAUAUAUUCUUUGUCAGGGUCCUUUGAGGAACACAUGUGGUCAUUUUUGGCUGAUGAUCUGGGAGCAGUGUACAAAGGCGGUCAUAAUGCUCAACAGAUUAAUUGAAAAGGGAACGGAAAAGUGUGCGCAAUAUUGGCCAAGCCGAAAAGACAAAGAGAUGCCUUUCCCAGAUACAGGAUUUGUCAUCCACUUGACCUCUGAGGAAGUCCAAACUUGCUACACAAUCAGAGUGCUGGAGUUGCAAAACACAAAGACAGGAGAAUCCAGGGAUAUCUACCACUUUCAUUACACCUCGUGGCCUGAUUUUGGAGUGCCUGAGUCUCCACGUUCCUUCCUGGACUUCCUCCUCCUAGUUAGACAGUCUGGAUCGCUGGGUCCCCAGCAUGGGCCUUCUGUUGUGCAUUGCAGUGCUGGGAUUGGACGGUCAGGAACCUUCGCUUUGGUGGAUACCUGUCUUGUCUUGAUGAGUGAGAGACCGGAUCCCUCAUCGGUGGACAUUCAAAAGGUGUUGCUAGACAUGAGAGAAUACCGUAUGGGCCUAAUCCAAACUGCAGACCAGCUCCGCUUUUCCUACAUGGCUGUCAUAGAGGGAGCAAAACUUAUUCUUCAAGACUUCCUCUCUCUGAAACAAAAUGUUGUUUCCACUGAUGACUACUUGGAGCCAGAGUUUUCCCCUCCACCUCCGCCACCCAGACCUCACCACACAUUGAAAGAAGGCAAGUCCAAUGGCCAGCCUGGGACCUGUGCAAAGGCACAGACAAACCAGGAAGAUGACGGAACUAAAGAAGAGCCACCAAAUCAAGACAACAGCAUAAUCGACAACUCUGGACACCUACGGAAACGACAGCGAGAGGAGCGUAUUGCCGGCACUGCACAGAAAGUCCAGCAAAUGAAACAGAGACUGACCGAUUCAGAGAAGCAGAAAGAGAGCUGGUCUUAUUGGAGGCCCAUCCUUCUGAAUGUCGGGGCAGGGGUCGCGGUGGCAGUGGGUCUGCUGGUUUGCUGGAUCUACUCCCACUGA